AUGAAGGAGUGGGAUGCAAUCCAGUCUUCCGUUACCGUCCUUGGACCACGUGAGGACUGUAUUCAGCGAAAUGACCUCGACGUUGCCUUUGGAUCCUUCGCGGGCGGUCAGCCAGGGAUCAUUCCCAUCAUCCAGUUUCUCUUCACAGAGGGAAGAGGAGGCGUCUCUCGAGAACUCAUCCCACUCUUUCCGAGUACCUGCCAAGAAGCAUGGGAUGAAUGCCGGCUGAAUGAUGCUUGCCACGCGCGGGUCCAUCCCCUCGACGGUGCAUGCCGAGCGAGACUUUGCAGCCCCACCAUUUGCAGAGCGGCCAUCCGGGAUCUGUACGGGAAGCUCCCCCAAGAGAUGUCGUCUUCGCUGGCAUUCUGCACGUGCCAAGCCGGGGAUGGGCCAUGCAUAGAUGCGCUGCUCCGGUUCUAUCCUUCCUGUUCCUUCCUUCUUCCCGAAUGCUCUACGUCUGCUCGUCGAUGUAUGGAAAAUCCCGCUUGCAGUUGUCAACCUCCUCCACCCCCGCCACUCCGAAAGUGGAUCAAUCGGCUCCUUUACCAGCGACGAGAAUUACCAAAUGCUGUUCUCAUCGAAGGGUUCUGUGAGGUCAGUGCUGGUGGAGACAACAGAUUCCUGGUCCCAUUUGGUGGAACCAUUAGGGUGUACGAGACGAAGAGAAGGGGCUGUUCAGAUGUGUGCGAAUGCGAUGGAGAAGGGGAAAUUCGGUGUCGACGACUGCCCUGUAUUCGCUUCUGGCCAUGUUCAUCCUUCUCGCAUGGGAGCCUGUUCAAGGAUUCUAUCCGCGGCAGAUGCCUCUGUUAUGCAGGCCAUCUCAUCUGUGAAGCCCCUCCCCUCGGCCCCGAAAACCUUCAGAUGAAGCAUGGAGUUUUCCUAACCAUCGGAUUUAGCUCUGAGGAAUUCCAGAUCCUCCAAGGAUUCACGGGCAAGGACUUCCCGGACAUCACUGCAGGCCUUCAGAAUCUCUUGCAACACCACAGAGGCAUCAACCAGAGUGUAUGCGAGCUGCAGUUGAAAGCCGUGGAAGACGAAAACCUUGUCUAUAUAGCUGAGAUGGAUGAGACUCAGCACCGGUCCGUUCAUUCUACUAUCGCUGCCCAGGUCAAAAGACUUCAACAAAGCACUUUCCAUCCCUCUAUAUCGCAGUGA